AUGAGGGAAAUAGUUCACGUACAGGUUGGAAGAUGCGGGAACCAGAUUGGUGGUAAGUUCUGGGAAGUGAUAUCGGAUGAGCACGGCAUAGAUCCAGACGGUUGCUACCAAGGCGACUCCGACCUCCAACUCGAGCGCAUCAACGUUUACUAUAGCGAGGGUACGAAUUGCAAAUAUGUACCACGCGCGGUCCUUGUAGAUCUUGAACCGAGCACUAUGGACAGUGUCCGAGCGGGCCCCUUUGGAAGAAUCUUCCGUCCCGACAACAUAGUAUAUGGAGAUUCCGGUGCUGGCAAUAACUGGGCAAAAGGACACUUCAGCGAAGGCGCUGACAUACUCGAAGCUAUCUUGGACGUUGCCAGGAAAGAAGCUGAAGGGUGCGACUGUCUCCAAGGGUUCCAACUCGUGCAUUCUCUCGGCGGCGGCACUGGCUCUGGUUUAGGUACCUUGUUACUUUCUAAUUUAGUCGAGGAGUAUCCAGAUAGGAUUUUAGCCUCCUUCUCCAUCGUGCCGAGCCCAAAAGUGUCAGAUACGGUCGUAGAACCAUACAACUCGACUUUGUCAAUCAACCAACUUAUAGAAAACACGAACCAGACCUAUUGCAUAGACAACGAAGCUCUAUACGACAUCUGCUUUAGGACACUGAAAUUGGUGACACCGACUUAUGGAGACUUGAAUCAUUUGGUCUCGAUGUGUAUGUCGGGAGUGACGACGUGCCUCAGGUUCCCUGGACAGUUGAACGCUGAUUUGCGCAAGUUGGCUGUGAACAUGGUGCCGUUUCCGCGAUUGCAUUUCUUCAUGCCUGGCUUUGUGCCGCUGACGUCACGCGGCAGUCAGAUGUUCCGGGCCCUCACUGUGCCAGAGCUGACUCAGCAGAUGUUCGACUCGAAGAACAUGAUGGCGGCUUGUGAUCCGCGCCGCGGCCGAUAUUUGACUGUGGCCGCGGUGUUCCGUGGCCGAAUGUCUAUGAAAGAGGUCGAUGAGCAAAUGCUGAACAUACAGAAGAAGAAUAAAGAUUUCUUCGUCGAGUGGAUCCCCAGCAACGUCAAGACAGCAGUGUGCGAUAUACCUCCUAGAGGAUUAAAGAUGUCAGCGACGUUCAUUGGUAACACGACUGCGAUACAAGAAGUGUUCAAGAGAAUCUCCGAUCAGUUCUCUUCAAUGUUUAGGAGGAAGGCUUUCCUUCAUUGGUACACUGGGGAGGGGAUGGAUGAAGCUGAAUUCGCUGAGGCCGAUAACAAUAUGAAUGAUCUCAUAUGCGAAUAUCAGCAAUACCAAGAUGCCACUCUGAAUGACGACGAAAGCGAGGCUGAAGAAGAAGACGAAGAAGAUGACAAUCAAGCCUCUUAA